AUGAUUGUUGCCAAAGUGUAUUUUGACAAUUUCGGACCCAAGCGCAAAAUCACACGUGCCACGGGAAAGAGUGCGUCCACCACAGAACUCGAGGUUCCUGGGGCCUUCGACCCGUUUGCUGACGCGAAUGCUGCUGAUGAUCCUGGAGCCGGAACUAAGGAUUACGUCCAUAUCCGUAUUCAGCAGCGGAAUGGUCGUAAGAGCCUGACGACUGUUCAAGGCUUAAAGAAAGAAUUCAACUACAACAAGAUAUUGAAGGAUUUUAAGAAGGAGUUUUGCUGCAACGGAACCGUCGUUCAAGACAUCGAGCUUGGUCAGGUCAUUCAGCUUCAGGGCGACCAGCGGAAGAACGUUUCCCAGUUCCUUAUCCAGGCUGGUAUUGCGAAGAAAGACCUCAUCAAGAUGCAUGGUUUCUAA